GUAGAAGAGGGUUGUCAUUUUGUAUUUUAUUUUGACUCAGUUCUCGGUCCCCCCACUACCUACGAGUCUGGAUUUUUUUAUGCGCAAAUGAUUUGGGCACCUAAUACUCUGUGUCAAACAUCAACUCUCAACAUGUACUCAAGAUAUCCUUUAUACCUUUAUGCUGAUAACAUAAAAUAGCAGUAUGAUUUUAUAAACAAGACAUAGUCUUGUCAAUAUACAUAUUUGUAUAAAAGUAAUGAGUCUGUGUAAUCAAAUUUAAUUGUUUUUUCUAAAUGUUCUGAGGAAACUAAUGUAACAUGCAAAAGUGCUUACUUAAAUUAAAAUAUCUUCUAUAGUCAAUGAAUGAAAACUGGUUUAGUACUCCAAUAGAAUAACAACACCAACACCAAUAUCUAGCAGAAGGAAUAAAUUUUACUGAAAACAAAUGCUUUCAACUGUCUAAAAUUGACAUCCUCAGGUUUAAGUGAUAGAAUACAAAAUGAACAGCAAAAUUAAAAUUAUGAAAGUUGGGACAGAAUGUUUUUAAAAAGAUCAUUUCAUGGAGAAUUUGCUCAUGUCUGUUAGGUCAUACAGCCAAAUGAAAUUAGGCAAACUGAUGUAGUGCUCUUCAGGCUGUAGAGAUUGAAUCUGUUUCUUUAAAGUUAAUUGUCAUACCCUUCUUUGAAUGCCUUGUAUGUUUCAACUCGUUCUGUGUGUUUUAUUUGUGGCAGUUUUGUUGCAUGGUAUAGGUGUGCUUUAUUUAUUUAGUAAAGUUUAUUUCUUUUGCUGGAUAUUGGUGUUGGUAUGUUAUUUUAUUUUGAAUACAAAUGUUGUUAGUUAUGUGAAGAUAAUUUACUAAACAUUGAAGUUUUGUUGUAUUUAAAAAUUCAAUUUAGGAUACUCCCUCUGUUGACUUCUCUAGUAAUCCUGUCUAUGAACCAAGCUUUAAGUUUUAUGACAAGGCACUCUUAGAUGAUGCUAAAAACGGGGACCAACAUGUUCAUGAGUUUUUUUCUCUGCUUGCCCUCUGUCACACGGUGAUGUCGGAAGAGAAAGAUGGACAUUUGGAAUAUCAAGCUCAAUCUCCUGAUGAAGCUGCCUUAACAUCAGCUGCUAGAAAUUUUGGCUUUGUUUUCAGGAAUCGCACACCUACUACCAUAUCCAUUGAUGUUAUGGGACAGAGACAGGAUUAUGAGCUGCUCGCCAUACUUGAUUUUAAUAAUGUCAGGAAGCGCAUGUCUGUUAUUCUCAGAAGAGAAGGAAAAUUAAAGCUAUAUUGUAAAGGUGCAGAUUCUAUUAUAUUUGAAAGGCUUCAUGCAGACUGUGAAGAGAUUAAAACUAAAACACUUGAUCAUUUAAAUGUAAGUUUAACAUUUUGUAAUUUUUCAGUUAUUCAGAAAGUAAACUUUAAAGAUGUGUACAGUACAUUAAUUUAUGUAGUAAAUGAAUAGUAUAUAUCUAAAAUGAGCUACAUCUAAUUUCUCCAGUUUAUAAUGUUGCUUAUAUACAUUGGUACCUUUACUUAUGAGUGUCCCAACUUAUGAGUUUUUUGAGAUACAAGCUGUCUCUCAGGCAAUUUUUUCCUUUGUGUUGAGAGCUAAUAUUCGGGUUAUCAACCAGUUUUAGAUACCCUUUGCUAGUUAGUAAGGAAAUGCCACAGCAAACCAUAGAUUAAGAAAAGGAAGGUAAAAAACUGCUGCAAUUUCAUCAUUUUCAUUACUCUUCCAAUGUCUGACAGUUUAGCAUAUAAAAAAACACAUGAUUGAGUGAUAUAGGAAUUAGUUUACUUCCAUGUUCUGAGCAGCAUCACCAUCUUGCAUUUAUAGAAUUUUCCAUCUUUUUCUUUAUCUAUGCAGCUAACACCAUGACAUCUGCAAAACCAAUUUAUUGUAGUAUAUUCAUUUGGUUUUUAUACAAUAUUUGUUAUUUAUAAGUAUAUUUUUUUAUUUAAUAACAUGUAACAAAAGAUUGCAGUUUUUGGUGUGCAGAAUGGAUUAAUGGCAUUUUAAUGGGAGAAAAUUGAUUUUCACAUAUGAGUAAUUUGAGUUAUGAGUUUUGUCACAGAACAAAUUAAACUUAUAAGUUAAGUUACCACUGUAUUUUUCUACAUUUGUGAUUUAUAACAUUAUUAGUAAAGCAUUUUACUUUGAAAGUGAGCUAUCUCCUGAUGCUACUUCAUUCUAAAUUAAGGACCUAUCUCCACUAUGAAUAACAUUACUUCAUAAUAUUAUAUCUGCUUGUUUCUAUUUACUGUAAUUCAAUGCCCUAUUUUAUUUGAUUAAAAUUGAAAAAUAAUAAUAUUUUACAUAACAUUUAAUAAGUUAUUUUUUUCUGCUUUUAGUUUUUUAAUUAAAAAUUUGGCAGAUAUUAUUAAAGAUUGUAACUCUAUAAGCCAGUUGGAUUUUUUAGAAUUUCCUGAUCACAUCAGAUAAAAGCUGAAAACAGUCAAGAAAAGAAAGACACUGGGGGAAAAAUUAGAAAAAAGACACAUAAGGACACUUUUCAGGAUGUUUUCUUCAUUAAGGUUUAGCAAGUUUCUAAGUUGUGCUUGUGGGGUCUUCCCCCUUCUUUCUCAGUGUGGAAAUACUUUUUCCACUCGGGUGCACAAGUGUGUGCAAGUUUUUUCUAUGGUGCUUUUUUUUCAUCAGCGAGUUGGUUCUCUUUCUUCUAAUUUUUAAGUUUCUAAGGAGAUUGGUGAGGAAACCUUCAUCGUAACAAAACAUAAGCCCCAAACAAAAAUAGAAUGAAAGGCAAAAUAAAAAAUAACUAAAAAUAACGCUUGGACUUGGUUCCUUACGCACUCACCCUGGACCAAUCAGAAGGCUUUUCUCAUGGUACUUAAGAAGUGACAUCAUAACAAAAAUUACACGCAACAUUGUACAAUACAAGAAGACCCGAUACAUACAAAAAGGAAACUGAGACAAAAAAUAAUAAUAACACAUAAUCGCGUAGCGCUACACAUGUAAAAAAUACAGUGGGUGACAAACGUUUUCGAAGUAUUCAAAGUUAUUCUUCAGGUCAAAUAGAUUUAGAAUGCUUCAGAAUGGAACAAAGAUUUAAAAUAAAAUUGAAUGUCAUUUCAACAAAAUCCAUUUCACAAGGUGGAAUCAUGCACUGAUGGAUAUAAUUAUGGGUUUGCAUCUAUGAGGGCCUGCCAGGCUAGUGACAGAUUAAGCUCCUCCUUCCGGUUGAUACAGGUGGUCUCGCGGCCAGCUUUAUAAAUGGCUAUGGCUUCUAGCCAUUUAAGAUGGUCUUGGUGGGGUGUGUUGGCAAUAAUUUUGGCCUUGUCAAACUCCACCUCAAUGUCUGGAUCAGAUGCAUACAUGGCAAGGAUAUGCAUCCGAUCUGGACAUCUGAGCGGACAUUCAACAUGGAUGGCACAAUACUGUGCCAUCCAUGUUGAAUGUAUGCUCAGUGUUCUCUUACACUGGUA